UGCUGUCGAGCGCACAGGAGGCAGGGACAUGGGUAGGGUGCGGUCUGCGCGGGGCCCGAGCCCGGAUCUCUUCCAUUUCCCCUCUCACUCGGCCCCGGGCUGCGCCGCAGACGGCAGCAGCUCCCGCUCCGCCCCAGCCGCCUGACCGCCGGGCCGGGGUGCUAACCGCGGGGCCCGCCAGCCCGCCGUCCCGGACAGCCCAGCCCAGACCGGCGGCCCGCAGCCCCGCCGCCCGCCGCCCCCCGCCGUCGCCGCGUUGCCAAAACAAACGGGCCGGCCUAUUUAUUGGCGGCCGGCGAGCCGGGCAGCUCAGAGUCGAGGCGCCGAGGGGGACAGAGCGCCGCCACCAGCCAGGGCCCCGGGCCCCCGCCCUGCACCUGAGUCCCGCCGGCCCUGCGCCGCGCAGCCCAUGGCGCCCCCACCUGGAGCCCCCCGGAGCCACCCGGACGCCUGAGCCCCCGCAGCGCUCCCGUCGACUCGCCCACCCAUCAGCCCACCAGGCGUCCUCUCCCGCCGGUCUCCCGGGCUCCCCGGCCAUGUCUCCUGCCCGGCUCCGGCCCCGACUGCGGUUCUGCCUGCUCCUGCUGCUGCUGCUGGUGCCGGCGGCGCGGGGCUGCGGGCCGGGCCGGGUGGUGGGCAGCCGCCGUCGGCCGCCGCGCAAGCUCGUGCCGCUCGCGUAUAAGCAGUUCAGCCCCAACGUGCCCGAGAAGACCCUGGGCGCCAGCGGGCGUUACGAAGGCAAGAUCGCGCGCAGCUCGGAGCGCUUCAAGGAGCUCACCCCCAACUACAAUCCCGACAUCAUCUUCAAGGACGAGGAGAACACAGGCGCCGACCGCCUCAUGACCCAGCGCUGCAAGGACCGCCUGAACUCGCUGGCCAUCUCGGUGAUGAACCAGUGGCCCGGGGUGAAGCUGCGGGUGACCGAGGGCUGGGAUGAAGAUGGUCACCACUCGGAGGAGUCGCUGCAUUAUGAAGGCCGCGCGGUGGACAUCACCACGUCGGACCGCGACCGCAAUAAGUACGGACUGCUGGCGCGCUUGGCAGUGGAGGCUGGCUUCGACUGGGUGUAUUACGAGUCCAAGGCGCACGUGCAUUGCUCCGUCAAGUCCGAGCACUCGGCCGCGGCCAAGACAGGCGGCUGCUUCCCUGCUGGAGCCCAGGUGCGCCUAGAGAGUGGGGCACGUGUGGCCUUGUCAGCCGUGAGGCCAGGAGACCGAGUGCUGGCCAUGGGGGAGGAUGGGAGCCCCACCUUCAGCGACGUACUCAUUUUCCUCGAUCGCGAACCAGACAGGCUGAGGGCCUUCCAGGUCAUCGAGACCCAGGACCCCCCGCGCCGACUGGCACUCACACCCGCCCACCUGCUCUUCACGGCCAACAAUCACACAGAGCCAGCCACCCACUUCCGGGCCACGUUUGCCAGCCAAGUGCAGCCCGGCCAGUAUGUGCUGGUGGCGGGGGUCCCAGGCCUGCAGCCUGCCCGAGUGGCAGCCGUCUCCACACACGUGGCCCUUGGGGCCUACGCCCCAUUAACGAGGCAUGGGACACUGGUGGUGGAGGAUGUGGUGGCCUCUUGCUUCGCGGCCGUGGCUGACCACCAGCUGGCUCAGUUGGCCUUUUGGCCCCUGCGACUGUUUCACAGCUUGGCGUGGGGCAGCUGGACCCCAGGGGAGGGUGUGCACUGGUACCCCCAGCUGCUCUACCGCCUGGGACGUCUCUUGCUGGAAGAGGGCAGCUUCCACUCACUGGGCAUGGCUGGGGCAGGGAGCUGAAAGGAUCCCUCUACUGCCCUCCCAGAACUGCCCAAAUGGGUCCAAAGGCCUACCUGCCAGGAGGGCGCUGGCCCUGGAAGGGGCCUGAGCGGGGACACUGGUUUCUACCAUCUCCUCCACCACAGGUGUACAUCACUGAGACUUGGGCAAUGCCAGCGUCCUCCACCCCCAUCCUGGUGUAGUGACAAAGCUGCAAGCUGAGCUGGCAGUGGGGGGUGGCCUCUCUUUCUAUCCUAGAGACCAGUGGGUCCCAACCCAGCCAGCUCUCACUAUGAUUUUUCAUACUUGCCUCCCCCAAUGCGGAAGGCUCAUUCCAUCCAUCUUAGGCCCCUCUUAAGUGGGCUUGCACCUCAGUUGAUGCUGCUAGAUUCCCUGGGAGCCAGCAGGGAGCCGGCUGGACUCAAUGCUGCCCAGAACUCAGAAGGCUGCAGGGUGGGGCAGCCAGCCUGGCCAUCCUGAGGCAUGACCUUCCUCUCUGGCCACGCUCCUCGGGACACAACCAGAGACUGUCGCUAUCAGUGUACAGAGUUCCGUGUUCCGGCCAAUGUGAUCGUAGUGCCAGGACUGGGUGAGGGGCUGGAUGUCCUUCCCACCCCUGCCCAGGCUCUGCAUUCCCACUUCUGCUGAACCAUGACCCCCCACCCCUCCUCCGGUCAGUCUCCCCCACCUUAUUUAUUGGCACCGAGGGGGAAGCCCAUGGGAAAAUUUUGGGGAUGUUUUGGUCUUUUCUUCCUUUUGUAAUAAAAAUUAUUUAAGUUGUUAGA